AUGUCUAAAACUAUAGGAGUUUAUACUUUUAAUACUAACGAAUUAAUCGGAAAGGGAACUUUAGGGAAUGUAGGAUUAUGAUAUUUAAAAUUAGUUACAUAAAGGUGUGAAUAAAACGAAUGGCUAAGUAGUUGUUUUGCGUUUGUUAUAGAAAUCAUUGUUAAAAGAUAGCAAUAUAAUUUCAGCAGCUUUGACUGAAGAAAUGGCUAUAAUGUAAAAAAUAUAGCAUCCAAAAAUAAACCCAAUACUAGAUGUUAUUGAGUCAUAAACAUAUUUCUAUGUGGUAUUUCCUUUUAAAUAAUCUAAUUUACAAACGUAAUUUUGAUUUUAAUAGUUAGGAUUCUUUAGAAACAAAAAAAGUUACCAGAAGCUGAAACAAUUAAACUAAUAUCUGAUCUAAUUGAAGGAUUUUAAGAACUAAUUAAGACAGGAGUAAUUCAUAGAGAUUUAAAACCAAGUAAUAUACUUUAUGAUAAUGGAUCAUAUAUAAUUUCAGGUAAGCUUUGUUUAAUAAUUAUCAUAGAUCCUGGAUUCAUAAAAACUAUUGAAAGUUUUAAGAAAGAAAAGACUAAACCUGAGAAAUUUUAAUAUUCAGCACCUUAACUACUUGGAAAAGAAAAAACUAAAUAUACAGAUAAAUGUGAUAUAUGGUCAUUAGGGGUAAUUGUUUAUGAAUGUUUAACUGGAAUGUUACCAUUUUAAGCUUCUAAUAUUGAAGAUUAUUUAAAAUAAUGUAGAAAUAAAAAAAUUGAAUUUUAAUAAGGUUAAAUUUCUGCAGUUAUGAAAUCAUUUAUUGAAGGUUGUCUAGUAUAUUAAGAAGGUAUUUACAUAUAUUUAAAUAUAAUUAGAAAAAAGAUUUGAUUGGGCUAAAGUAGUAUCACAUCCAAUUGUUAAUGCUAAACUAUAAAAUAAAAAUGAAGUAUUUAAGGAUAAUAAAAAAUAUUUAAUGACUUAGAUUAGAUAAAAAAUAAUUAAAAAAAAUUUAGAUUUAGAAGCUGUUUAUAAUGAAAUAGAUGCAGAUCAUAAUGAACUUUUAGAUUUAGAAGAAUUCACUUAAUUUAUUAAAAAAAUUGAUAAGAAAGUAUCAGAAGAAGAUUGCACUUACAUAUUCAAAUAAAUAGAUAAAGAUGGAAGUGAUAGUAUUUCAUUUGAUGAAUUUAAAUAAUGGAUUAGUGGUAAUAAUACUAAAAUGGCAUUCUUUAAAAUAAAUAAACCAAAUAAUAAGUAAACUAAUAAUCAAUAACCUAAAAAUUAAAACUAAAAUCAAUUUUAUUAACCUUAAUAAUAACCAUAAAAUUAGAUUAUUUCAUAGUUACCAUAACAAUAAUAGAUGAAUAAUUAUCAAUAACCUUUUGGUUAUUAAUAAUUAUAAUAGUAGCCACCCUAAAAUUUAUAAUAGGGAUAUUAUUAAUAAUAACAAACGAAUUAUUAAUAAUAAUUAUAAUUUAAUCAAUAUCCCAUAAACUAAAACGUUCAAAAAUAAUAAUAAUUUUAACCCUAACCAUAACCUUAAUAAAUGUUUCCAUAAACAUAAAUGUAAAGUUCAGGAUAAAUUCCUGCUGGUGCUGGUUUUGGUAAAAGUGAUAAACUAGAAAGAACAAUUUUAAUGAUAACUAAUGUAAUUAAAUCAAAAUAAAUGGAUGUACUAAACUUAUUUUAAUAAUUUGAUUAUGAUAAAGAUAACUUCUUAAAUUUUCAAGAAUUUAGUCAAUUGAUUUGGAGUUUAAAUGGUUAAUUAACAGUUGAAGAAAUGGCAGAUCUAUUUAAGGUCUUUAAUUUAAAUAGUGACGAAUAUGUAUCUUUUGUUGAAUUUAGAUUGGUUGCAAGUAUGGCAAACAAUAAGAAAUAAAAUGUUCAACCAUAAAUACAACCGUAGUAACCUUUUUUCUACUUUCCAAAUUAACCUUAAUAAAUUCCUCCUUUUUAAAUUCCUACAUAAUAAUAUAACGUUUAAAAUAAAGGGAAUAUGUAUUCAGAAAAUAAUGAAAAAUAUCCAUUUUUUAAUGAAUAAUUUUAUUCACCUUAUGCAUAACCAAAUAAUUAGCCUGCGUUAAAUUUAGGCAAUAACGCAAAUAAAAGUUAAAAGAAAAAUGAUUCAUAAUUAGAAGCAUUAAAUAAAAAGUAAUCUAAAAAAGAUGUAAAAAAAAAAGAUAAUAAGGAUAAUAAGGAAAAAGAGACUAAAAAAAGACAAUCAAAUUCAUUUUCUCCAAAAGAAGAAAAACCAAAAUAGAAUUAAGAAUAGCCAAUGAGACCACCUAAAUUAACAUAAUAAGAUAAAUAAAAAUCAAUUUUAGAAACUCCUAAAUAUCCUACAGAAGUUAUUGGAUCUUAAAAUAAAACACCUUCACCUCAUCCUUCUCCAAGAUAAGAUAAACGAAAAAUUGAAUAACCAACGGUUACAUAUUAAUAACCUGAAAUCCAAGAGGAAAAUUUAAAUUAUCAAAAGUCUGCUCCUCAUCUUUGGUAUUAACAAAGAUAUUUGGCUGAUUAUAUUUAUAACACAAAUAAUUCUAAAUUGGAUUAAGAAUUAGCCGAAAGUACUAACCUUGUAUAAACAUCUUCAAUUCCCAAUUUUAAUAAUAAACCAUAUAGGAAAGUGUUAGAUGAUAAAAUAGACAAGUUUUAUUAUUAUACACGUAGAUGAAC